AAGGGACUAUUUUUGCAAUUAAGUCAUUUUGUGUUUAUCCCUUGUUCUAGAACCAGAGAGAGAAAUAUCUUGCAACAAUAAUUCAAAUUACCCACCAAGGUGUGGUGUGGGUUCCUUCUCAUGAAUGGAGCUUGGCCGCCUCAAACUUCUUCAAAGAAAAUUGGAUUCAACAUGUUCAGACAACUACAUCUCUAAUCUUGCCUUCUCCCAUAUAAAUAUCGCAUUCUUCAAUCUUCUUCAUAGAAAAGCUACCUUCUACUUGUCUUUCCCUACAUUAUCAAGAUAAUCCACAUUGAUCUUGAAUCUCAAAGAUCAAGUUCUUGAAAAACCUACUUCCAUUUUGGAGUCAUUCUUGAUAAGUUGUGAGUUUUUAAGUCGAUAGGUGAAUACCCAUAUCAAAUUUUCGGUUCUUUUAGGGGAAUUUGAGGUUUUCUUGGCCUAAAGCACAACACCCACAAAGAUUUUCAGUUCUUUUUGGGGGAAUUUGAGGGUUUCUUGGCCUAAAGAACAACACCCACAAAGAUUUUCGUUUCUUUUAGGGGGAAUUCAAGGUUUUCUUGGCCUAAAGAACAAGACCCACAAAAGAUUGUUCGAAUCUUGGGGGUUUUGAUCAGUGGGUAGUAAGAAUGGAUGGAGGUGAUAUAUACAAAGCAGCUAAUAGCAUAAGGUUAGGGAGCUUAAGAGCAACAAGUGGAAGAGCAUCAAGUUUAAGAUCUGGGAGUACUUCAGUAUGGAGGAAUUCUGGUAUGGAUGUUUUCUCAAAAUCUUCUCGUGAAGAUGAUGAUGAAGAAGCUCUCAAAUGGGCUUCUCUUGAAAAGCUACCGACGUUUGAUCGUUUAAAGAAAGGUUUGCUGUUUGGAUCAACUGGACCAUCCAACCAAGUUGAUGUAGACAAUCUUGGAACAGAUGAUCGAAGACAUUUACUCGAUAGGCUUGUUAAGGUUGCUGAUGAAGAUAAUGAGAAGUUCUUGUUGAAGCUCAGAGAUAGGCUUGAUAGGGUUGGGAUCGAUUUGCCUACAAUCGAAGUCAGAUUCGAGAAUGUAACCGUGGAGGCGGAUGUUAAUACCGGAAGCCGAGCCUUACCUAGUUUCAUAAACUUCCACAUUGAUGUUUUUGAGGGGAUCUUGAACUUAUUCCAUCUACUUCCGAAUUCGAAAAGGCAUAUAACCAUCCUUGAUGACGUUAGUGGCAUCGUUAAGCCUAAAAGAAUGACGUUGCUUUUGGGUCCUCCGAGUUCCGGGAAGACGACACUUUUGUUGGCCUUGGCUGGGACACUGGCAAAGGAGCUUACGUGCUCCGGUAAGGUGACGUAUAACGGUCAUGAGUUACACGAGUUUGUACCGGAGAGAACUUCAGCUUACAUCAGUCAAAAUGAUGUCCACAUUGGAGAAAUGACCGUUAGAGAAACCUUGGCGUUCUCUGCAAGAUGCCAAGGCGUUGGCUCACGUUAUGAGAUGUUGGCCGAGUUGUCAAGAAGAGAGAGAGAUGCAAACAUAAAGCCUGAUCCCGACAUUGAUGUCUUCAUGAAGGCUGCUGCAACCAAAGGUCAAGAAGCUAGUGUGGUCACAGAUUAUACUCUGAAGUUAUUGGGGUUGGACAUAUGUGCAGAUACAAUGGUCGGGGAUCAAAUGAUAAGGGGAAUCUCCGGUGGACAAAAGAAGCGUGUCACAACAGGUGAAAUGAUAGUUGGACCAUCUAAGGUUCUUCUCAUGGACGAGAUAUCAACCGGGUUGGAUAGUUCUACCACGUUUCAGAUCGUAAAUUCACUUAAACAAUUUCUUCACAUUCUCGAAGGAACUGCCGUCAUUUCACUCCUCCAGCCUGCACCGGAGACUUAUGAUUUGUUUGAUGAUAUUAUACUCUUGACUGAUGGAAAGAUCGUAUAUCAAGGCCCGCGUGAAAAUGUGCUCGAGUUUUUUGAAUCAAUGGGAUUCAAAUGCCCAGAGAGGAAAGGUGUUGCCGAUUUCUUGCAAGAAGUGACAUCAAAGAAAGAUCAGCAGCAGUACUGGAUGAAAAGAGACGAGCCAUACAGAUUUGUGACCGCCAAGGAGUUUGCAGAGGCAUACCAAUCGUUCCAUGUUGGAAGGAAAUUGGGAGACAAUCUCUCUACCCCAUAUGACAAAAGCAAAAGCCACCCUGCUGCUCUAACACAUGAAAAGUAUGGUCUGAAUAGCAAGGAACUCUUGAAAGCUUGCACCGAUAGAGAAAUAUUGCUCAUGAAAAGAAAUUCCUUCGUUUAUUUCUUCAAACUGUUCCAACUAACUGUCAUGUCACUCAUCGCUUUGACCGUGUUUUUACGAACUGAGAUGCAUAAAGAUGAUCUAGAAGAUGGAGGCUUGUAUACCGGUGCUCUAUUCUUUGGUGUCGUUAUGAUCAUGUUUAACGGGAUGUCUGAGAUUUCAAUGACGAUUGCAAAACUUCCUGUAUUCUACAAGCAACGGGAUUUCCUCUUUUAUCCUUCGUGGGCAUAUGCUCUUCCAUCAUGGGUCAUCAAGAUUCCCGUUUCGUUUCUUGAAGCUGGAGUUUGGACAAUUCUUACUUAUUAUACCAUGGGAUUUGAUCCUAAUGUCUCGAGAUUCUUCAAACACUACUUGAUACUGUUACUUGUGAACCAGAUGUCUUCGGGAUUGUUUCGGUUCAUUGGUGCACUGGGUCGGAACAUGAUCGUUGCAAACACGUUUGGUUCAUUUGCAAUUCUCGUGGUCUUUGCCUUGGGCGGUUUUGUCCUUGCACGAGAGGAUGUCAAGAAAUGGUGGUUGUGGGGAUACUGGUCAUCACCCAUGAUGUACGCAAUGAACGGAAUCGCUGUUAACGAGUUUCUUGGGCAUAGUUGGAGAACACCUUUGAACGGUACAACGCUAGGGACAUGGGCUAUCACGGGCCGGGGGUUCUUUGCGGAAGCUUACUGGUAUUGGAUCGCGGUUGCGGCCUUGCUUGGAUUCAUUUUCUUCUUCAAUCUCAUUUUCGCGUUGUCUCUUGCCUUCCUUAACCCUUUUGGGAAAGCUCAAGCUAAUGCAUCAGCAGAAGAUGAAGGCAAUGCAGGAGCCGUUGAGUUAUCAUCUACAAAGAAGGAAUCGAAAGAUGAGGGCAGUCAAAACAAGAAGAAAGGAAUGAUUCUCCCGUUCGAACCACAUUCAAUUACCUUCGAUGAUGUUAAAUACUCGGUUGAUAUGCCACAGGAAAUGAAAGAGCAAGGGGUUGGUGAAGACAGAUUGCUGCUACUUAAGGGUGUUAGCGGAGCUUUCCGGCCCGGUGUUCUCACGGCACUAAUGGGGGUGAGUGGUGCCGGAAAAACUACUCUUAUGGAUGUGCUCGCUGGUCGGAAAACUGGUGGGUAUAUCGACGGUGACGUCAAGAUCUCAGGGUAUCCAAAGAAACAAGAAACCUUUGCUCGGAUUUCUGGCUAUUGUGAGCAAAAUGACAUCCAUUCUCCUCAUGUUACUGUUUACGAGUCUUUGCUUUACUCGGCCUGGCUCAGGUUGGCAUCGGAUGUUGAUGAAAACAAAAGAAAGAUGUUUGUUGAUGAGGUGAUGGAUCUUGUGGAACUCAACCCAUUGAAGGAUGCACUUGUCGGGUUGCCCGGAGUCAACGGCUUGUCAACCGAACAGCGAAAGCGGUUGACCAUAGCCGUUGAGCUUGUGGCUAACCCGUCCAUAAUAUUUAUGGACGAGCCAACCUCUGGGCUAGACGCUAGAGCCGCUGCCAUUGUGAUGAGAACCGUUAGGAACACCGUGGACACAGGAAGAACAGUUGUUUGCACCAUUCAUCAACCAAGCAUCGACAUUUUUGAAGCUUUUGAUGAGCUCUUCUUGAUGAAAAGAGGAGGACAAGAGCUAUACGUUGGACCCAUAGGUCGCCAUUCUUGCGAAUUAAUCAAGUAUUUUGAGGAUAUCGAAGGUGUAAGUAAGAUUAAAGACGGAUAUAACCCCGCAACAUGGAUGUUGGAAGUCAGUACUUCAGCUCAAGAAAUGUCUCUUGGAGUCGAUUUCACUGAAAUCUACAGGAAUUCAGAACGUUACAAGAGAAACAAAGCUCUUAUCGCCGAACUAAGUGUACCGCGGUCCGGCACUCAAGAUUUGCAUUACCCAACUCAAUACUCGCAGCCGUUCCUCGUCCAAUGUAAAGCAUGUCUAUGGAAACAACGAUGGUCGUACUGGAGAAACCCUCCUUACACCGCCGUACGCUUUGUCUUCACCACUGCCAUCGCGCUCAUGUUCGGUACCUUGUUUUGGGAUCUUGGCGGGAAAAGGGACAGUCAACAGGAUCUGAUAAACGCAAUUGGUUCUAUGUAUGCUGCGGUUAUCUUCUUAGGAGUCCAAAAUGCAUCAUCGGUGCAACCAGUUGUAGAUGUAGAGCGCACCGUCUUUUAUAGAGAAAGAGCUGCCGGAAUGUAUUCCGCCUUGCCGUAUGCCUUUGCUCAGGUUUUGGUGGAAAUCCCGUAUGUAUGUGUGCAAACCGGAGUAUAUAGUAUCAUAGUGUACUCGAUGAUCGGCUUUGAGUGGACUGCUGCCAAAUUCUUUUGGUAUGUGUUUUUCCAGUUCUGCUGUUUACUCUACAUGACCUUCUACGGUAUGAUGACCGUCGCCAUCACUCCCAACGCCAACAUCGCCGCGAUCAUUGCCGCCUCAUUCUACGGGAUCUUCAACCUCUUUUCGGGAUUCAUCAUUCCACGACCUAGCAUUCCGGUGUGGUGGAGAUGGUACUACUGGGGAAACCCGAUGGCAUGGACUAUUUACGGCAUGGUUGCUUCACAGUUCGGGGACUAUGAAAAUGUGCUUCCAAACGGUGAAACCGUAAAAGGUUAUUUGGACCGAUAUUUUGGUUACAAGCAUGAUUUUCUCGGGGCCGUGGCCGGGGUGCACGUCGGAUUGGUUCUGUUCUUUGCCUUCAUCUUUGCUUACUGCAUCAGAGCCUUCAAUUUCCAGAAGAGAUGAUUUUGCUUUUAAAUCCAUCAAUUUGCGUAAUUAAUCGCUUUGUAUUAAAUCGUGAUUUGUAUUAAUGUAGAAUAUUUUUAUUUUCCCCGAAUAUGAGUUUGAUCGGAAAGGAAUGCAGCCACGGCCCGUUUGGUUGUCGGUUUG